GGGCUUCAGCUUCGGCCUUGCUAAACCCGUGCAGAUAGAAAUGGCAUCCAUAUGGACUAUAGCUCCUCCCCUCCAUCUCCCUCCUUCUCUCGUUACGCUAAAACCCUCCAUCAUUCCACUACGCUUCUUCCCCAAUCCUUCUGCUCCUCUCCACCGUACACGUCUCUCGCCUACCCUCAACCUUCCAUAUCCACUGCCCGGAGAGCGCAUUUGCAGGGCCGCCGAAUACAAAUUUCCGGAUCCAAUUCCCGAAUUUGCCGUCGCUGAGACGGAGAAAUUCAGGGCCCAUCUCCUCAACAAGCUCUCUAAAAAGGAUAUGUACGGGGAUUCGGUUCCAGAGGUCGUCGGAAUAUGCACCGAGAUAUUCAACACCUUUAUGCACACCGAGUAUGGUGGCCCUGGGACUUUGUUGGUCGUACCUUUCAUCGACAUGUCUGAUACCAUAAACGAACGAGGAUUACCUGGAGGACCGCAAGCUGCUCGUGCUGCAGUAAAAUGGGCUCAAGAUCAUGUUGAUAAAGACUGGAACGAGUGGACUGGUGAUGAUGGAACCUAAGAUAAGUCCUCCUUCUACUUGUCUGCAGAAUUCAUUUUGUUGAGAUGGAAUGGAGUUUAUUAAGUCCAAUUUUGUGAGAGCUCAGAUGGCUGCUUUCUUCUGCUUCUUUACCAAAGUGAUUGUCAAGUCAUCUGAGUGCAGAUUUGUACCACAACAAUGAGGCUACAACUUGGACAAAGCAAAUAGAAACUCUUCAUUUUCUAACUGAAUCCCUAAGUUUGUGGCUCUGGACAGACUUUACCAUAGUGUAUUUUGAGGAGGCUUGAGCAGUCUUUGAAAUCUGAAAACAUUGCCAGUGUCUUUGUGGGGAAUCUUUGAUAUGAAUUGUUUUAUCUGUAUA